CGGUAAAAUGCUGUAGGUUGCAAACCUAGAAACAAAACGAUGAGUUUUUCUCUUCUUGGUAUCAAUCGCAAAAGACCAUGGGUUAUUGAACGCCACCGAAUGCGUUUAAAUGACGAACAAAAAGGGAAACAACGAGCGGUUCCUCCAAGAUUUUGAAGCAACCGACUUUGGCAUACCUGGGAUAAUCUUUCUUAUCUUUAUGUUCCUCUUCUCGCUUUUGAGCAGUGCUCUCUUUAGGUUGCUGGGUUUUCGAUUGGGAAGAAUAUCCUCUGGAUUUUCAUAUGUAUGUAUGUAAAGUACAGUACAAUACAAGCACAAGUAUGUACCAGAUCUUAUGAUUUGUGAAAGUUUU